GCAUUAAUUGAAUGCACGUGGAAGUACUCGUUUCUUGUUUUUAUUUUAAUUUUUUUGCUUGGCAAUGUAUAGAAUAGAUGGGCUGAUCAGGUCCCUCCUGCAAGAAGAAGGAGAGGAAGAAAGAAGAAGAAGAAGGAGAAAUGGGAGGGGUGGAAGUUGUGGUUUCAGUAGCGUGCGUUGUGAUCACAGCGUGGCUUGCGAGGGCAGUGCAUGUGAUGUGGUGGAAGCCCAAGAUGAUAGAGAAGCAGCUGAGAGCAGAAGGGGUGCUUGUUCUUCCUUACAAGUUUCUCUACGGGAACACCAGGGAGAUGGUGAAGCUGUCGAGGGAGAGCAGAUCUGAUCCCAAGACGCAGCAGCUACCGCCCCAUGACAUCUUGCCUCGCCUCAACCCCUUCCUUCACAAGAUGGUUACCGCUCACAAGAAAGAGUUCAUUGUUUGGCAUGGAACAACUCCUCGAUUGACAUUAUUAGAUCCAAAUUUAAUAAGAGAUGUAUUGCUCAACAAAUCAAGAGACUUUAAAAAGCCUAUAGCAAGCUCAUUUGAUUUGUUCGUGACUGGGAUCGGAAGUUAUGAAGGCGACAAAUGGGUGAAACAUAGACGAAUUAUCAACCCCGCUUUCCAUUUGGAGAAGUUGAAGAGGAUGAUGCCUGCAUUUUCUACAUGUUUUGAGGAAAUGAUCGAGAAAUGGCACAAGCUAGUUGACUCAACAGGCUCCUAUGAAUUGGAUGUCUCGCAUGAGCUUGAAAAAGUAACUGGAAAAGUGAUAUCCAAGACAGCCUUUGGAAGCAACUUUCAAGAGGGGAGAUUAGUAUUCUCACUCCAAAAGGAGCAAUCUCAACUCUUUUUACAGUCUACAGCAAGCAUUGAUUUCCCAUGGUCUAGUUUGUACAGGUUUUUAUUUCCCACGAAAACUCAUAAGAGAAUGAGGCAAAUCCACAAAGAAGUUAAAGAUAUAUUAAGGGGUAUAAUAGAGAAGAGAAAGAAGGCUAUUCAAUUAGGUAUUGAUAAUCAGGAUGACUUGUUGAGCUUACUACUGAAAUCUAACGAUAAUUACCUUCAAGAGAGCAAGAACCCAAAUGCUGGAAUGACAAUAGAAGACGUGAUAGAAGAGUGUAAGCUAUUUUACUUUGCUGGUCAUGAAUCCACGGCAAAUUUGCUCUCAUGGACAAUGAUUCUGUUAAGCAUGCACAAGAACUGGCAAGAGCGCGGGAGAGAGGAAAUUUUAAAAGUGAUGGGGAAGAAAAAACCAAGUUUUGAUGACUUGAGCAGCUUGAAGAUGGUGAAUAUGAUCUUGCUUGAGGUUCUUAGAUUAUACCCACCAACCUCUUUUAUUCGAAGCACUUAUCGAAAGACCAAGCUAGGACAUCUCAAGCUUCCAGCAGGGGUCCAAAUUUAUAUGCCAAUAUCUCUUGUCCACCGAGAUCCUGAGCAAUGGGGUGAAGUUGCAUUGGAGUUCAAUCCAGAGAGAUUCUCAGAAGGGGUUUCAAAGGCGUCCAAGGAUCAAAUGUCAUUCUUUGCAUUUGGUUGGGGACCAAGAAUAUGCAUUGGACAAAACUUUGCAAUGCUUGAAGCUAAAUUGGCUCUUACUUUUAUCUUGCAAAAUUUAUCCUUCAACCUUUCUCCAUCCUACACUCAUGCUCCUUCAAUUGCUAUAACCUUGCAUCCUGGUAAAGGUGCCCAAGUCAUCUUACAUAAGCUUUGAUGUGAUUACCAAAUUUGUGCUUUUGAACAUUUUAUUAACUAUUUACAUUGAUGGUAUGAAGCAUUGAAGGGGUCAUCACUAGUGAUAAUUUAUGUAAUUGAAGUCUUUAUUUAUGCUCCAUUAAACUAUCAUAAAAAUUAUGUCUUGUAAAGUAA